AUGGCCGGCGGAGUUACCGUGCGCGACGUCGAUGCGCAGAAGUUCAUCACUGCCUAUGCUGCUUUCCUGAAGCGCCAGGGCAAGCUGCCCAUCCCUGGUUGGGUUGACACCGUCAAGACUGGUGUCGCCAAGGAGCUCCCUCCCCAGGACAUUGACUGGUUCUACGUCCGCGCCGCCUCCAUCGCCCGCCACGUCUACCUCCGCAAGACCGUCGGUGUCGGCCGCCUCCGCAAGGUCCACGGCACUGCCAUCAACCGUGGCUCGCGCCCCUCCAAGCACGUCGACGCCUCCGGCUCCGUCGACCGCAAGGUCAUGCAGUCCCUCGAGAAGAUUGGUGUUCUCGAGCAGGACGAGGAGAAGGGUGGCCGACGCAUCACUCAGGCCGGCCAGCGUGAUUUGGACCGAAUUGCCCAGACCACCGCUGAGGCCGAGGAGGAGGAUGAGGAUGACGAGUAA